GCCUCUUUAAAGUCUCUGCAAAGGCAGCGUUAGCCAGUAGCUUCGGUCCUCACCAUGAGCCCCUGGCAGCCCCUGCUCCUGGCGCUCCUGGCUCUGGGCUACAGCUCUGCUGCCCCUCGCCAGCGCCAGCCGACUUUCGUGGUCUUCCCCAAAGACCUGAAAACCUCCAACCUCACGGACACACAGCUGGCAGAGGAAUACCUGUACCGCUAUGGCUACACCCGGGCAGCCCAGAUGAUGGGAGAAAAGCAGUCCCUGCGGCCGGCUCUGCUGAUGCUUCAGAAGCAGCUGUCCCUGCCCCAGACUGGUGAGCUGGACAGCCGGACACUAAAGGCCAUUCGUACACCACGCUGUGGUGUCCCAGAUGUGGGCAAAUUCCAAACCUUCGAAGGCGACCUCAAGUGGCACCAUCAUAACGUCACUUACUGGAUCCAAAGCUACUCUGAAGACCUGCCGAGAGACGUGAUUGAUGACUCCUUCGCGCGCGCCUUCGAGGUGUGGAGCGAGGUGACACCGCUCACCUUCACCCGUGUGUACGGGCCAGAAGCGGACAUUGUCAUCCAGUUUGGUGUCGCGGAGCACGGAGACGGGUAUCCCUUCGACGGCAAGGACGGUCUUCUGGCACAUGCCUUCCCCCCUGGCCCCGGCGUUCAGGGAGAUGCCCAUUUCGACGAUGACGAGUUGUGGACGCUGGGCAAAGGCGUCGUGGUCCCCACUUAUUUUGGAAACUCAAAUGGUGCCCCAUGUCACUUUCCCUUCAUCUUCGAGGGACGCUCCUAUUUGGCCUGCACCACAGAUGGCCGCGACGAUGGCACACCUUGGUGUGGCACGACAGCUGACUAUGACACGGACGGCAAAUUUGGCUUCUGCCCCAGUGAGAGACUCUACACGGAGCACGGCAACGGCGACGGCAAACCCUGUGUGUUCCCAUUCAUCUUUGAGGGCCGCUCCUACUCUGACUGCACCACUGAAGGUCGCUCGGAUGGUUACCGCUGGUGCGCCACCACAGCCAACUACGACCAGGAUAAGCAGUAUGGCUUCUGCCCUACCCGAGUGGACGUGACCGUAGUUGGGGGCAACUCGGCAGGAAAGCUGUGCGUCUUCCCCUUCGUCUUCCUGGGCAAGCAGUACUCUACCUGUACCAGCGAGGGCCGCAGUGAUGGGCGCCUCUGGUGCGCGACCACACCAAACUUCGACACUGACAAGAAGUGGGGUUUCUGUCCAGACCAAGGGUAUAGCCUGUUUCUGGUGGCAGCGCACGAGUUCGGCCAUGCGCUGGGCUUAGACCAUUCUACGGUGCCGGAAGCGCUCAUGUACCCCAUGUAUCACUACCAUGAGGGCUUCCCUCUGAAUAAAGACGACAUAGAAGGCAUCCAGUAUCUGUAUGGUCGUGGCUCUAAGCCUAAGCCUGACCCAAGGCCUCCAGCCACCACCACAGCUGAGCCACAGCCGACAGCUCCUCCUACCAUGUGUCCUACUCUACCUCCCACGGUGGGCCCCACGGUUGGCCCUACAGGCGCCCCCUCACCUGGCCCUACAAGCGCCCCCUCACCUGGCCCUACAGGCGCCCCCUCACCUGGCCCUUCUGAGGCCUCUACAGAGUCUUCGAGUCCAGCAGACAAUCCUUGCAAUGUGGAUGUUUUUGAUGCGAUUGCUGAGAUCCAGGGCGCUCUGUAUUUCUUCAAGGAUGGUUGGUACUGGAAAUUCCCGAAUCACAGAGGAAGCCCAUUACAGGGCCCCUUCCUUAUCGCCCGCACGUGGCCAGCUCUGCCUGCAAACCUGGACUCAGCCUUUGAGGAUCCUCAGUCCAAGAAGAUUUUCUUCUUCUCUGGGCGCCAAAUGUGGGUGUACACAGGCCAGUCGGUGCUGGGCCCCAGGAGUCUGGAUAAAUUGGGUCUAGGCUCGGAGGUAACCCAUGUCUCUGGCCUUCUCCCUCGUCACGCCGGGAAGGCUCUGCUGUUUAGCAAGGGGCGUGUCUGGAGAUUCGAUUUGAAGUCUCAGAAGGUGGAUCCUCAGAGCGUCACUCGCUUGGAUAAGGAGUUCUCUGGUGUGCCCUGGGACUCACACGACAUCUUCCAAUACCAAGACAAAGCCUAUUUCUGCCAAGGCAAAUUCUUCUGGCGUGUGAAUUUACACAAGGAGACAAACCAGGUGAAUGACGUGAACAAGAUGAACCAGGUGGACCACGUGGGUUAUGUGACCUACGACCUCCUGCAGUGCCCUUGAAUUAGGUCUCCUAAGUCUCUAGAGACCACCUUUUUCUAGAGAAAGGAGCUGGUUGGCUGGACACAACCUGGUGUUCUCUUCUAGAGAAUGGGAAGGAGUGGAGAUGGGCGGGGCCCUCUCCACAUGCUGUCCUUUCUUGUUGGACUGUUUCUAAUAAACACAGACUCCCCCCCCCCCAACCUUUACCAGCUACUCUAAUCGAUGGGCUAAUCUGUAAUUAUAUCUGCACCCAAUCGUGUGCUGGUCAGAAGACAACUUCGUGGGGUUGGUUCUGACCUUCUAUUUUUAUGUGGCAUCUGGGGAUUGAACUCAGCUGGCUUUUGUGACAAGUAAUUCACCCGCUGAACCACCUCACCGACUCCAGCCCCCCUUCUGUUUAUUAUGUAUGUGGUUAUGUUCACAUGUAUGCAUUUAACCUAUAGAAUGCUUACUGUGUGUAGGGCACUGCUCCAACUGCUGCAUAAAUAUUAAGGUAUUCAGUUACCCCAACUGGAAGGUAUUAUGUAGCUAUUUCUCUCUUACAUGGAGGACACCACCGAGCUAUCCACUCAUCAAACAUUUAUUGAGAGCAUCCCUAGGGAGCCAGGCUCUCUACUGGGCAUUAGGGACAGGGGAAUCUAUUGGAUGUUGGUUCUUCCUUCAAGGAUUUACUCAGUGAUUCAAAGAUUCUCAGUGUCCUGGAAGUCUGUUGAGACCAGACCCCAGACUCCACUCUCAAGAAUCCGACUCACUCACAGGGGAAACCCUGUGGUUGCUGGCGGCCGCAGAGUGCUUAGAGAGCACAUGUGCCAGAGAGGUAGGGGCUCUGUGCAUUGUGGUUUAGAUCAGACGGUGUCCUCCAGCCUAGAUGCCCCCCUCAGCUGGAAUGGAUCCAGGAAGAAUGACCAGGUGUCUUCCUGCGGCAGUCUUUUUUAAAUAAAUGAAUAUUUAUUUA